AUGGUCAACAACCAACCCAAUGUUUUUGGCGCUGCUCCCGAUAAAGGCAGUAUGAAUGGACCCAUCACUUCGGAUGCUCAGCUUCUUCACUAUGAUGAGUCUGCAUAUCAUACAAAUCGCACCGGGACCAACUCUACUGCCCGAUCACUUCAUCGUAGAUCUUCCGACUUUUGGAUGGAUGACAUCACGCAUGGAGAGAUGCCUUUCGCACCUAGCGGGUAUGAGUUUUAUCGUAACGUUAUGGAUUAUGGCGCCACCGGUGAUGGAACUACCGAUGACACUGCAGCUAUCAACCGGGCAGUCUCUGACGGCAACCGCUGUGGUGAGAACUGUGGCUCAACCUCGGUGCUGGGGGCCCUGGUUUACUUCCCACCUGGUACCUACUUGAUCAGUACUCCCAUCGUCCAGUACUACUACACGCAAUUCGUUGGUGACCCCAAUGACCGACCAAUUAUCAAAGGAUCCGCCAACUUCACUGGUAUCGCGCUCAUUGACACAGACCCCUACAUCCCCGGUGGUAGCGGCAGUGAGUGGUACAUCAACCAAAACCAAUUUUAUCGACAGAUCCGUAACUUUGAGCUUGACAUGACUGAGAUGAACUUUACCAACUAUGACGCGGGCCAGGCCUACGUUCCCACUGGUAUUCACUGGCAGGUGGCACAGGCAACGUCCAUGCAAAACAUCUAUUUUAACAUGCCUGAGUCAACCUCGGAGGAAACCACCACGGCGGUUGGUAUCUUCAUGGAGAAUGGCUCCGGAGGAUUUCUCAGUGACCUUGAAUUCUACGGUGGUAAUAUUGGCUUCCGUGCUGGUACUCAGCAGUAUACUGCACGCAACCUCAAAUUCACUUCCUGUCUCACCGGUGUUUCCAUGAUCUGGGACUGGGGCUUUACUUGGAAGAAUGUUGAGUUUGACGGUGUUUGGGUUGCGUUUGACUGCACCAGCGUUGGAAGUGAAGAUAGUCAGGGCACGGGUUCUAUUGCGGUGGUUGAUUCCACCUUUUACUCAGUGCCAUACCCGAUCACUCUGCGCGAUGGUGGUCCGUAUCCUGAUAUUAUUCUGGAUAACUUGCUAGUUCAGGAUUCGGCCAGUAUUGUGUUGAUCUCGGGUGGUGAUACUCUCUUCGAAGGUUCUUCUGGAUCCAUUUACAUCGAGUCCUGGGCGUAUGGGAGACGCUACACAUCCAUUGAUGGCACUGGUACUGAGACCUAUGGCUUACUGGAUGUCUCUCCUGAUAAGCCCGAGAGUCUUUUGGAUGGGGAUGGAGAUUACUUCACUAAGUCUCGGCCCCAGUAUGACACCUACUCCGCGAGCGACUUUAUCGUGGCAACGGCACACAAUAUCAGUAAUGAUGCGACUGGAGACCAAACGGAUGCUAUCAACACCUUGCUUAGUGAUAACGUGGGUUCCCCGAUCUUCUUCCCUGCCGGUAUCUACCUGGUUAAGAGUACCGUUUUUGUUCCUGUCGGCUCUAUUAUUGUCGGGGAGGGAUGGUCUCAAAUUAUGGGCACAGGCGAGUAUUUUGAGGAUGAACUCAGCCCUCAGGUCAUGGUGCAAGUAGGGUAUGAGGGAGACUCAGGUACCCUGGAGAUCAGUGAUAUGCUGUUCACUGUGAAAGGUCCCACUGCCGGUGCCAUUCUCAUGGAGUGGAAUGUCCGUGAAUCCACUCAAGGCUCAGCCGGAAUGUGGGAUUCGCACUUCCGAGUGGGUGGUGCCAAUGGAACGGACCUCCAGAUGAGCGACUGUCCCAAGUCGGAUACUGUCAACAAGGACUGUAUGGCUGCCAGCAUGCUGCUGCACCUGACACCUACUUCUUCAGGAUAUUUUGAGAACGUAUGGGCUUGGGUAGCAGACCAUGAUCUGGAUGUUCAAAUCAGUAGCAACGACACCGACACCUCAGCGACGCAGCUUAACAUUUACGCUGCCCGAGGAGUGUUGAUAGAAUCUCAAGGCCCGACAUGGUUCUAUGGAUGUGCCUCGGAGCACAGCAUUCUGUAUCAAUAUCAGCUGUAUAAUGCCAAGGACAUCUACCUUGGUCAUAUCCAAACCGAGAGCCCCUACUUCCAGGACACGCCUGCUGCAGACAAGCCAUACACCAUUGGUACUUUUGAAUCAGAUCCGACCUUUGAGGACUGUACAUCGGGCUCGAAUUGCGAGAAGGCUUGGGCUUUGCAGGUGCUGAGCUCGGAGAACGUCUUCAUCUACAGCGCCGGCUUGUACAGCUUCUUUGAAUCCUACAGCGAGGAUUGCCUCGAUGAUGAAAGCUGCCAAGAGCGUCUCAUGGAGACUAGUUACACCCAGGGUCUGUGGAUGUACAAUCUUUUCACCAUCGGUGCAACCGAAAUGGUCUACCCUGAUGGAGGCGUCAUUCCCCCUACCUAUCAGGCCGACAAUAAGAAUGGCUACUCAACUGAUAUCAGUGCCUGGCUGGUUUUGUCCGAGCAAGGCGCAGAUAUUGGCAGCUCAGGGAAUGAAGAAGAGGAUGGAUCUGGAGUGGUUUAUAUCGAUCCUAUCGUCUUCGGAGAGCCCAGUCCGAUCUUCCAAUGUUACCCCCCUUGCACGAUGGUGAUGCCCACGUCGACCUCUAACACCUCCUCCACUGUGACCUAUGCUCCCUGGAGCACCCAUGUCGUCGUGGGUGGAAGUACUGUUUCGGCCGGUGCCACUUCUGCUCACACCACCACCGUCGUCUGGUCACCAAUCACUUCAGCUUCUGGCCCCUUUACGUCCCAGACGGUGAAACCAGAUUCACCUUCAACAUGA